AUGAUAUCCAUGAGGAUCCUCUGUGUGUUGCUCUGCCUCAACUUAGCCUGGGCGCAGGAUGGAGAGAGCACCUUUGAAAAGGAGGGCGCAGGUGUGCGUGGUCCCAGGAUCGUGGAGCACAUGCAGCAGUCCACCUGCAAGUUCGAGAAGAACUGGCCCAUCUGCGCGGAUGAUGACUGGGGUACAAAAUGUCCAUCAGGCUGCAGAAUACAAGGACUGAUUGAUGACAUGGACCAGGAUAAUAGUCACAGAAUAGACAAAAUUAGGCAGCUGCUCGCAGACAAUCAGAACAACUAUAAAACGUCCAAUCGGAUAAUUGUGGAAACCAUAAAUAUACUAAAACCAGGCCUGGAGGGUGCCCAGCAGCUUGAUGAGAAUUACGGUCAAGUGUCAGCAGAAUUGAGGCGGAGAAUUGUGACAUUAAAGCAGAGAGUUGUUACUCAAGUGAACAGAAUUAAAGCUCUGCAAAGCAGCAUCCAGGAUCAGGUGCUGGAGAUGAAGCGCUUGGAGGUGGACAUUGAUAUUAAGAUACGAGCUUGCAAAGGAAGCUGUGCUAGAAGUUUUGAUUACCAGGUGGACAAAGAAAGCUAUGACAACAUCCAGAAGCAGCUUACCCAGGCCAGCUCCAUCAACAUGCACUCAGACCUUCAAACAACCACCUUGAGCACACUGAAAAUGAGGCCACUUAAGGACUCAACUGUUCCUGAGCAUUUUAAGCUUAAGCCUCUGCCAGAAAUGCAAGCUCUGAAUGCAUUUAGUAACAUCAGGCAGAUGCAAGUGGUGUUAGAGAGACCAGAAACAGGCUCGAGUCCCUCCCGAGGCGAGACCAUCUAUCACGUGGCAGAAUCGAGGGGGGAUGGACAUUCCCACACCAGCAAAUUAGUUACUUCUCCUCAUGGGAGAGACACCCCUAGCCUGGGAGACAGAACCACCACUGUUCAUAGAUGCACCAAAACUGUCACCAAGAAAGUUGUUCCUGGCCCUGAUGGCCCCAGGGAAGAAAUAGUUGAGAAAAUGGUUUCUUCUGAUGGCUCAGACUGCUCCCACUUGCAAGGACUAGGAAAUGCUGGAGGUGAAGGAAGCAUGUACCAUUUCAGUGGGCCAGGUAGCUUCCACAACCUAGACAAGUUUUUCCCUGACUUAGAGCCCUUUCUUACCCACGAUUCUGGAUCCAGUGGCAGUAGGCACUCUAGUGGAUCUAGCACCAUUUCAACUACCAGCCGUGUCAUGGGGGCAGGCAGCAGCCACCUGGGUGCAGGAACAUCCAGCCACACAGCAUCUUACGGAGGGAAAGACAAAUUCUCUGACUUAGGAGAGGGGGAAGAAGAUGACUUUGGAGGACUCCAGUUUCAGCCUGGAUUCUCGUCUAGCGGUGCAAGUCACUCCAAGACUGUAGUUACCAGCUCCUCUUCUAGUUUCAACAAGGGAGGCUCCACUUUUGAAACCAAAUCACUAAAGACCCGUGAAAUAUCUGAGCAGCUAGGUGGGGUGCAACACGAUCAGAGUGCAGAGGACACCCCAGACAUUCAGGCACGCAGCUUCAGAGCGGAAAAAGUGAAGCAAAGGACAGCCAGCACUGGGAAAGACUGCGAUGAUAUCCGCCAGAAACACACUUUUGGUGCCAAAAGUGGCAUUUUCAAAAUCAAGCCAGCGGGAUCCAAUAAGGUUUUGUCAGUUUAUUGCGACCAAGACACCACUUUGGGAGGAUGGCUAUUGAUCCAACAGAGAAUGGAUGGAUCAGUGAAUUUUAACCGGACCUGGCAAGACUACAAGAGAGGUUUCGGCAGCGUGGAUGCCAAAGGGCGAGGAGAGUUGUGGCUGGGCAAUGAAAACAUUCACUUGCUGACUCAGAAUGACACUCUGCUUCGCGUAGAGCUAGAGGACUGGGAUGGAAAUGCUGUGUACGCAGAGUACAUCGUGCAGGUAGGGUCUGAAGCAGAAGGGUACGCCCUCACCGUGUCCUCCUAUGAGGGCACGGCUGGGGACGCACUGGUCGCCGGCUGGCUGGAGGAGGGCACCGAGUACACGUCCCACGCCCAGAUGAGGUUCAGCACCUUCGACCAGGACCACGACCGCUGGGAGGAGAGCUGUGCAGAGAUGUAUGGGGGCGGCUGGUGGUACAACAGCUGCCAGGCAGCCAACCUCAAUGGCAUUUACUACAUGGGGGGUCACUAUGACCCACGGUACAAUGUUCCCUAUGAGAUCGAAAAUGGAGUUGUCUGGAUGCCGUUUAGAGCCUCUGAUUACUCCCUGAAAAUUGCUAGAAUGAAAAUCAGACCCGUGGACACCCUGUAGAAGGACAGGCAUUUAUUAUAUGUGUCAUAACUAAAAGAUGAAAAGAUCUUUUAUAUAUAUAUGCGUGAGGUACCUUUACCCUAUGAAUGUGAAGGCAACUGGACACACAGCUCGUGGCUUACCAAAUAAACACUGAUUAAUUAUUAACAAAAUAGUUUUCAUCUUCUUUAUAAUUGAAAAACUUUUAAAGGAAAUAUUGAUUUUAAAAAGCUUUUUAUAUAAACCUUGUCUGCAACCUUUCUAUCAGUCCCUUUAUAAAACUUCAGUAAACAUCUCUCUGAUUGACAGAGUACUUCUUACUAACAUGUGUUAGGCUUUUCAACAUGCUAAACACGUUAAAGGUCAAAAACUCACAAAAUGACUAUCCCUAACUCAUGCCUUACACAGUUGUUCCAGAAGUGUGAAAAAUGACAUUUGUGCAGCAAUUUUCUAAAAUGCAGCUUGAGUUUAUCUUGAUGGUGAUUUGGAAGGGGAGUCUUGGGUAUGCCAAUAGCAGUGACAUCAGUCUACUGAAGAAAUAAGCAAUUCAAAGUGACAAAUUGUGGUGCUCUUUGGAGCAAGUCAACAGCCUGGACUCCAACUUAAUAACAUUUGCCAGACUUAAUCAUUUACUUCAGCUGAGGAGAAAAAUUCAAAAUCCAGGUGAUACCUAUAUCAAAUAUGCUGCCUCAAGUUUUAUCACAAUAAUUUAAUAUUUAAAUGUCUGCCUUGCACCUUCCUCCUGAGAACUGAAAAAAACUUUUUUUUUUUCUCUCGGGUUUAUUCAUUAUCACCAGCAUAAAAGGUUUCGGGGCUGGAUGGUAAUUUUAUUGCUGUUAGUACUGGAUAGAUGAGGAUAUACAAAGUGUACUGCUCACAUUUCUGCAGCUACAUCAUGUAUGCAGCACUAAGUUGCCUAACCUUUCAUAGGUGUUGAAAAUAGAUACUAAACCAGUUCAUUGCUCUACAUGAACACAAGAAAUAAAUAGAAUAGAAUCCAGCCAUACAAAGCCUGUAGGGCUAGAUCCCUAUUUUAGUGAAGCCAGCAGAUAUACACUUGAAACAUGCCCAGGUUUAGAUCUUUUGAAUGUGGUGUUACUAUUUUUACCUGAUCUUUUUCAUGUUUCUCUCCACUGUUAAGAUCCAUAUUUAUGGAUAAAAUACACAAGUAUUUACUCUUUUUAUUUUUUCUGUGCUUCAAUUGAGAAACAAGCAUAAGCAGAAUUGCUCGCCUCAAAUCUUACUGGUCAGCAUUUUUCACACCAUUUAACAAUAUAAUAAAAUACUGAGAAGGCUCACUUUUAGCCUUUUUUCAGGGCUUCUCAAGCACAACCACUGCAUAACAUUUUUUGAAAUUUUGCUGAAGAGCAGAGACAUCUUUACAGCCAGAUGUGUGGAGAAGUUUCUAUGCUUUUGGAAAAGUUACUUCUGCUUUAUGCCGCAUGUUUUAGUUCCCUAGCCUCACUGGAAGCCUGUCUGAGGUGACACUGAAUAUCUGCACUCAUGCAGUGUAAUGCUGCCAUGACAUCUCCUCCUUGUCCUCCUGGACUCCAGAGAUUAAAUAAACAUGAGAACUGUAAACGAGAAUUUUAGACUGCCAUCAUAAUCAGCUAAAGAAAUGUUGAAGGUGAGAAGGAUGGCCUCACUGACAAAAGGUCUUGAUCUAUACAGAGAGUUUGGUCCAAAUCACAGAUAGAAUAAACAGAUGCAUUUGGGAACAGGGAACAAACAGAUAACUGUCAGAAUAACAUUGAUACAUCUCUGUAUUGCAUUAGAUGCCUCUAAAAAAGAAGGCAAUUUGUGUUGUGUUUGCUUUAACUACCUUUAUUAUUCACAGGUAAUGUACACAUGGAUAGGAUUUAUACAAGAUGUUUUGUUUAAAGGGCUUAGCUGGUUUUAAUAAAACCUUUUCGCA